AAACACCAGGAGGGCUAGGUUACAUUGGACAUCUAGCAUUUCGAACUGGUUACAAGUCAUCUGCAGAAAAUCACAUAGAUAUUAUUGUGAAAGUUCUGAACGCCCAGAGUUUACCUGGAUUAGACCGAUCCGGUCUGAGCGAUCCUUUUGUGAUACUUGGGCUAAGACCAUGCGCCAUGUUUCCUGGAUUUCAACCACAGCGAACUCAUGUUCGUUACCAAACUGUCGAUCCUGUGUAUAAUGAAACAUUUGAAUUCCCUAAUAUCCCACGAGUGGCACUAAGCAUGAAAGGCGCUGUUUUGCACCUGAUGGUCGUCGACAGAGAUACCAUCACAUCUAACGACUUUGCUGGUGAAGUCUUCUUAAACUUGAGCGACGUUCGAGACAUGAGCAAGUUAUUGUCUAUUGACUUUCUACCUGUUCACAUGUUAGCCCUCAAGAGAUUCGUCAACACCCAGUACUCGUAUCAGGUCCUACAACAACGAACGACUUGGGACAAGAGUGCUAAAUCGUUUGUCCAGAUGAGAGAAAAACUUUCUAGCGGAGACUUGGUUGAAAACUGUCAACUACGUAAGAUAUCUUUUUGCGGGUUAUUUGGAUAACUCCAGAUUUGAAGAGUGCACAGACCAAAUUCAGUUAUGUCAUAAUUUCUAGGUUACCAGUAUGUUUCGUAAUAUUUGCCCCGACUAACGUUUCGUAGAAGCUAUAACGUGAAAUCAACCUAGAAAUAUAUUUUUUUUAGUUCUAGUGAUUUAUCAUUACAGUUUAGCCUAACUUGAGUUUUUUAUUGUACAGUUGUUAUAAGAUAUUAACAUGCAUCUGAUUCAACCUCAGUUGUGAUAAACCUAAAAUUUCUAAGUUGUUUUCUUUUGUUAUGAUAAAUAAAUAAAUUAUAUAAUUGUAUCAGUUAUGAUGAGAAUAGAUGCCUGACAUCUCUGACAAGUGAAUACUACUAUACUGGAGAACAUAAAAAAUAUAGCUACUACUGUAAUGGAGAACGUUAACAAAUAUACAUACUACAGUUACUGGAAAAUAUUAUUGAUAAGUUCCAAUAUUAUAGCUCUUGGAUAAUAUUAUUAAAAAAAACACUAAGACUAUAAUUGUCGGAGAAUAUUAUUAACAUACACUAAUACUACAGUUGUUGGAGAAUAUUAUUAAUAAACA